AUGAGCGGGAACACUCGACGACAGGCUGCUAUUGCCAACAAAACGGAGACUCGACUUCAGUCGUUGCGAAGAGUUAUCCUAUCCAGCAAGAUUGGAACCUCGGGCCAUCCGUUCUCCGAAUCCGACCCUAUUGUUACGGGACUUGGUAAAUGCAAAAGUGGGAAAAACCCUAUCGGGUGCAGCGCGCGGGCACUGAUGUAUUUGCGUCAUGACCUUGUUAGUAUUACGGAUGCUUUGGUUUUCACCGACGUCAGGGUCGAAGAAGCCCGGGUUAACCAAGACGAGACCGAGAAAAUUACAUUGGCGAUCACAAAAUCGACUGCUAUUGCAAGAACAGCGUCGAGCGGCUGGAGUAUUACGGCUAAACUCGCUGUGAAAGCCGGUGAUGGCUCCGGUGAGGUCACAGUGGGAUACACCAACACCAAGACAGAAACAAUCACCGAUACCAGAACAAUCACAGACACUCUCGCCUGUGGCCCGCGAAAGCGAUGCAGCUGGGAAACCCACACCUUCCGAGCCAAGGUCAGGGGCAAGUGCGAGAAAACAGCAUUGGCGGGAUGUAGUAGGGGAAAACAAGACAUGUGUCGCAGCACCGGGUGGGACAAGGCAUGCCAGAAGCAUCGCGAAUUUGCUGCUAAAGAAUGCAUUAACGGCCUUGUUGAUUGCGAGGUUGAAUUCGCGCUCUUGGCUGCCGACGGCAAGCCCCUACAAGAACUCGUUUGGAACCCUCAGCCAAUCUAG